UAACAAAUAAAAACACAAUGGGGUUUUCAAAUGACAUAAUACUGUAGUAAUCUCAAAAGAACUUAGAUGAACAAAGACUGGAGUCGACGUUUUCAGAAUCUCAGACUUAAUACAUUUUCACUACACUUGCUAAUGCCUUAGGUAAGCAAGAAGACAAAUAACGGACCUCUUUCACUCUCUAAGACAUGUAUGAUCUCAUUAUGUGGGAAAUCUAAUUAUAAAUGAUUGAAUCAGAUUUCAAAGACUUUCCUUUAGACUAUUAUCAUGAAUUAUUGAAAUAAAGUUCUCCUGUUGAAAUCUCUACUCCUUAACAUGCCUUUAUUAAGUUUAUUCAUGAAGUAAAAGAAGUCUUGAGCUUUGAACAAAUGAAACUAGUCUUUCUUUUUGUGUAUUCCUUCAGAUAAUUACUCCUAGAGAAUCCAGAUUGUACUACAAAUAAUUUAGUUGAGAAGGCUAACCAGUUAAUUUGUUCACAAUUAAAUAAGGUUUUGCAAAGUAUCCAAAAACUUUCGGAGCGGCAUUACAUUGUAUAUUUAAGUAGAAUGGAAAAUCUUCGAGAAGCAAUGAUUCAAAUAGUGCUAAGCUUUUGUAAUUGGCUCUAUGCUCGUCAUUUGACUGACGACAAGUUAUCUCUAAGAAAUGAUUCGGAAUGA